AUGGCCUUCGACCCUUCAGGCGGCUAUGCUGCCGCCGCCAGCAACAUCCCAGACGCCUUUGACCCCUCGCUGCCCGUCUUCGAUGUACAACGAGUCCAGCUCCGUUUCGAUAUAUCCUCGGACUUUGUCGCUGCUCAGGUCGCCAACAAUGUCUUGAUUCUUGCCCUCUCUACUGGUCGUAUCCUCCGAUUCGAUUUGGACAGUCCCGAAGACAUUGACGAUAUUGAUCUUCCCAAGAAACCCUCCGAAAUUGGCCUUAUUCGACGUCUGUUCCUGGAUCCUUCAGCCUCCCAUCUUGUUAUCUCGACCACUCAAGGCGAAAACUACUAUUUGCAUACCCAAUCCCGAACUCCGAAGCCAUUGGCCCGUCUAAAGGGCGUACAGAUCGAGUCCAUUGCUUGGAACCCUUCACAACCAACUGCCUCGACCAGAGAGAUCCUGGUUGGCGCAUCCGAUGGCAACAUCUACGAAACAUAUAUUGAGCCUAGCGCAGAGUUCUACAGAAGAGAAGAAAAGUAUCUGAAGACCUUAUACAGUGUACAGGAUGGUCCCGUCGUUGGUAUAUCCGUCGACAUAUCCUCGGACGUACGUAGCGUCCUGGUAGCCACUUCUACGAGACUGCUGCUCUUUGUCGGGAAGGGAGGUCGCCAAGAUAGUGGUUCCAUCUACCCUAGGCUUCUCGAGCGGGAGACACCUGUGGUACACCAUCUGGAAGAUGCAACUUCAGGUCCAUCGACUUUGGUCACUAUCACGGAACCGGCAGAUGCCUCUCUAUCAGAGUCCGCGCAGGAAAAUGUCUUUGCUUGGCUCAACUCUAUGGGCGUGCUUCACGGGGACUUUGAUGCUUUGGUACAGACCGCAGAGACGAGUCCAUUUGCUGCAGCCAAAUUGCUACCAAAGUCGGUAAUACCUCCUUCUCAAACCUCUGGUGGUCGAAGCAAGCCUUCCUUGGAACCCAUAUCAUCGAUUUCCUUGACACAGUUCCACAUACUUCAUCUUGUUGAAGGUCGUGUGGUCGCAAUCAACAGACUUGAUGGCAGCUUGGUUUACGAUCAGCUUGUCUUAGAACCUGGAAAUGCACCACUCGGUCUCUACGCAGACCACAAGAAGAACACAUACUGGCUGUUCACUCAACGCGAGAUCUUCGAGGUCGUCGUCACAGAUGAGGCUAGAGACGUUUGGAGGAUAAUGCUCCGGAACGAGCAAUUCGAUGCAGCAUCGCGCUAUGCUAGAACUGCCGCGCAAAAGGAUGCUGUCGCUACCGCGUCUGGAGAUCACCUUGUUUCGCGACGCCGCUUCUCGGAAGCUGCGGCAGUAUAUGGCAGAAGCACGAAACCAUUCGAGGAGGUCGCACUUACUUUUAUUGACCAAGGAGAACAAGAUGCUUUGAGAAAGUACCUCUUGACAAAACUCUCCGUCCUCAAGAGAUCAUCAACUAUGCAGCGGAUCAUGGUUGCCAGUUGGCUGGUCGAGCUUUUCAUGGCCAAAUUGAAUCUUCUAGAUGACACCAUCUCGGCGAAAGCGGAAAUCUCUGAGGCAGCUCCGAUCGCCAAUGUGCAAGAAGAUCUUCCUUCAAUGCGCCGCGAGUUUCAAGAGUUCGUUACGAAGUACAAAACGGAUCUGGACAGAAAGACCACCUACGAGCUGAUCAGUAGCCAUGGACGAGAAGAAGAAUUGCUCUAUUUCGCCAACGUUAUUGACGAUUACAACUAUGUUCUGUCAUACUGGGUGCAAAGAGAACGAUGGCAAGAAGCCAUGUCAGUUCUCAAGAAGCAGACAGCUCCCGAGAUAUUCUAUCAGUAUAGCAGUGUUCUCAUGACGCACGUCGCUGUUGAGCUUGUAGAAGUCAUGAUGCGGCAAAACAACUUGGAGGCCAACAAACUCAUUCCCGCUCUGCUCAACUACAACAAGACGGCAGAUGUUUCAUUGAAUCAGAACCAAGCUGUUCGCUACCUCCAGUUCUGUAUCAACCAGCGCCAUUCAACAGAAACCGCAGUCCACAACACCUUGGUAUCGAUCUAUGCUGCACAUGCUACCCAAGACGAAACUGCGCUUUUCCAGUACCUCCAGACGCAGAGUGCCUCGCAUGAGCAAAACUACGACGCAGACUUUGCGCUUCGCCUUUGUAUUGCUCAUGAACGUGUCCAAUCAUGUGUACACAUCUACUGCACAAUGAAUCAGUAUGCUCAAGCUGUGGACAUGGCACUCAAGCACGAUGAGAUGGAUCUUGCUGCAAACGUGGCUGAUCGACCCGGCAACGACCCUGCUCUGCGCAAGAAGUUGUGGUUGAAGGUUGCGAAAAAGGUCAUCGGUCAAAGCAAAGGUAUCAAAGCUGCCAUGGAGUUCCUGAAACGCUGCGAGCUACUACGUAUCGAGGACUUGAUUCCCUUCUUCCCAGACUUUGUGGUCAUUGAUGACUUCAAGGAAGAGAUUUGCGCCGCUCUCGAGGAAUACUCACGACAGAUCGAAGGCUUGAAGCGAGAGAUGGAUGAAAGCGCAAAUACUGCGCAGCACAUCAAGCAGGACAUCAAAUCUCUCGACCAGAGAUACGCAAUCGUUGAACCUGGCGAAAAAUGUUGGAGUUGCAGACUUCCUCUGCUGAUGCGCCAGUUCUUUGUGUUCCCUUGCCAGCACUCUUUCCAUGCUGACUGCCUUGGCAAGAUGGUACUCCAGAGUGUCGGAAUGGGCAAAGGCAAACGCAUCAAGGAGCUGCAGACCGAAGUUGGGCGAGCUGUUGUCACGGGCAAGAAACGAGAACGCAUGGUCAAGGAAUUGGAUGCGCUGGUCGCCGGUGCUUGUGAAAUGGCUGUCAAGCGCAUUGAUGAGCCGUUUGUGACCGCCAACGACAACAAGAACGAAUGGUCCAUCUAA